ACAAAGGCUCUUAAUUCAGUGCUUUGACUGAAGCAACCCAGCUUCCUCCUUGGCCCCUCAAAACCCCAGAUUACGGAAGGAAGAUCUAAGAUACCCCAACAAUACACAUCAUGUAAGAGUACGGGCCUACCUACCACCUCCAAGGAGCCCUGGAUGCAGAAGAAGACUUCACAUCCACAGCGUCAUGGAUAAAGAUGCUUUAGAAGCGAUGGAGGAAUUCCUAUCAGGGCCCUUGGUCACCUGGAUGCAAACGCUGGAGAAUCUGGUGGGCGGGAGCCUCGAUCAACCUCCCCAAGGAGAGGAAGAGCUGAAAGACUAUUUCCUGAAGCUGAUUAAUGGAGACUUCCUGCACCAAGUCAUAGAAAUGAUAGACUUGAUCCCGAGAGGUCCACCCUCUCCGUGGAGAGAUGAAAACAGGGAGGAUCAGAGGUUGCAGAUGCUCCAAAUUGUUCUCCAGAGGCUGCAGAGUUUCUACAAGAAUGAGCUGCACCAAGUGAUCCUUUCCCCACCUCCUAAUCUCCAUCUUAUGGCCAGAGAGCCCUUCACAGCGCAGGCCGUUCGGGAGAUGAAGAAAUUGAUGCGGCUGUUGUUGGGAAGUGCGGUUCAGUGCGAACGGCGAGAUGUGUUCAUUGGCCGAAUCCAGUCGUUGGACAUCGGUGUACAAGCUGCUCUGGCUUCUCUUAUUGAAGAGAUGACCCAGGAGCCGGAAAAUGUCCUGGGGUUGCAGUGGAGAGAGAUGGACCCAUCCAGGAUGGAACAGCUCCUGGGGGAUCUCGUGGCCCGUGUUCGAAAGCUGGUCUCGGAGCGAGACGCAGGAUUGGAGCAACUGUGGGAGCUGGAGCAGAAACAGAGACUUCCCGCGGCCCCCCAGCUGGAGAGUAAUCAUUCCCGUCUCGGGGUGCAGCUUGCAGAAAGUCAAGCACAAGUACGGCGUCUACAUGGCGAGCUGGAGAGGAAGAUGGAGGAACUGCUGGAUCAGCAAGAGGAAUCGAAGAAUUUGGAGCAAGAGCUUCGAAAGAUGCGGCAAGAGAACCGUGCAUUGGCUGGGGAGGUCCGCCAAGCCAGACUCUACCAGGACGAAUUAGACGCCUUGCGAGAGAAGGCUUUUCGGGCAGAGAAGCUCCAGUCGGAGCUGACAGCCAUGAGGGAACGGAUAUCUGCCUUGGACCGAUGCCGGGCUCAGCUGAAGGAAGAGCGUGACUUCUCCAAGGCUCUGUUGGAGGCCAAAGCCAUGAUGGAGGGAGAGCUAGAAGCUGCUUACGCCCGAGGCCAGCGCCUGAGUCAGGUCGAGAAAGAAAAUCUGCGUCUGCAAAACCACUUGAACCAGAUCCAAGAGGAACGGGACCAGCUUUCUUGCCAAUUGGAGGAGAUUUUGAGAGAGAAUUUGGUUCUGAAGAAGCAGCUGCAAGAAACUUUAGAGAAUUCCCUAAAGGGAUUAUGGUCUGAGGACUCUGACUGGAAUGCAAAUGAAUUCCCCCAAGUGCCCCUUUUGCUGGACUGUGAGAUGAAGGAGGCCGAUCGACUGCCAGCCCUAGAGAAGGAGAAUCAGGAACGGUGCUGGUUUCAGAUUGCGUUGAAAUCAAAGAAUAUAGAAGAUCUGCAAGACGCCACCUUUGAUGGGACGGAACGGCUGCCCAACCAGGAGGAACAGCAGAACUCAGACCUUCAAGACUACAAACCAGGGGUUCAGGUGCAGCAAAAGAACAAAGAUGUCCCCCUUGAAACAGUGGAAAGCCAAGCCCUGAAGCAGGAGGCCGAGACCUCGGUAGCGGAAAUGGAGGCCGCCUUGACGGAGGCCCGGACGCUGCUGCGGGAGGCUGAGCGGAAGCGGGAGGCCGAAUCCAGCCACGCAACGAGCCUCGAGGAGAAGCUGAGGAACAUAGAGGGAGCGUACGCCGAAGCACAGGAGGAAUGUGAGCGGUGGCACUCAGAGGCAGAGCGCCUGAUGGAAGAGAUCCAGGCCUUAGAGCGGGAGAAGGAGACUUUAAAAGCUGGAUCCCAGGCUUUGCAAGACGCAGCCACCCAGGCCGAGGUCGACUUAAGCCAGGCUCAGCACAGCCUUCAGAAGGAACGUCUUCAGGGGGCCCGGCUAGCCCAGAAACUCCAACUAACCGAAGAAGACUUGGGUGAGGCUCAGCAGGAGCUCAAGAGCCUGCAACGCAGCCUCGAACAGCACAGGGUCACCCUGGCUCAGCUGGAGACUGAAAAAGGGGCCUUGGAGGAGGCACUGAGCCAAGCAGAGCGCUGCCGGCGGCAGCUUGACAAGGACAGCUGGCGGCUGAAGGCCAAAACUCAGGCCCAGGAGGAGGCGCUGGCCGAGCAGGGCCGCCAUCUGGCCCUCCUUGAAGCCCAAACUUGCCAGCAGGCAGCAGAGCUCAGCAGCCUGCAAGAGGCUCUCCAACGUCUUGGAGAGCUGGAACAGGAGAGUGCAAGCUUGAGAAAGCAACUGGAAGCCAAGGAUAAAGCAGCCGCCAUCCUGGAAGAGGAGCUGGGGAGAGCAAAGGCUAGGCCCAGCGAGAGAGCGGCCACCGCGGGUGAGCUAGACGAGCAGCCGUCGAAGGAGCCACAAAAUCCUCAGCCAGGGACAGGCAGCAGGGACGCGGCGCCCGGGAGCGGUUGCGAAGGGAAGCCCGAGGGCGCCCUCGCUAGGCCGUUUGAGGAACUGCACCUCCUCAAGGAGCAACUGGUGCAGAAUCAGAACGUGGCUCUCCAGGCGGAGAAGUCGGCAUUCACAGGACGCCUGGCCCAACUGGAGUCCCUCGCCAGUAGCCUCGAGACGGUGCUGUUGGGCCUGCGAUGGCAAAGCCCGGAAGCAAAGGAAGAGGGCGAAAAGCAACAGCCUCGAAACAGCACAGAGCAGCAGACUGUCCUGGAAAGGCGGCUCUCCGAAGUCCAGCAGAGGUUGGAGUAUCACGAGGCUGAAACUCGCACGGCCCGGCAGGAGAUGGAGGAACGGCGGGAACGCUACGAGAGCCUCUGGCGGGAUCACGACCGCUUGCUGCUGCUACACCGACAGCAGGGGGACGACCUGGAGAAGGCGCUGGGGGAGCACGCCAGCCUCAAGGCAGCGCUGCGUGGCCUGGAAAAGGAGCAGCGGGAACUGGAGGGCAGGUACCACCAGCUGUUGGGGCAGAAAGCCAGCCUGGAGUUGCGAGAAGUGGCAUUGCAGGACCAGAAGGAACGGCUGGAGCUAGCUGAGCGACAACAUCAGGAUUUGGCCGAGCAACACGCCAACUUAAAAGAAGAACACGAGAGGAUCAAACAAGCAUUGGUCCAGACAGAACGGGCCCAAGAUGACCUCCAGGGUGAGCUUCAAGGAAUGCGGAACCGGGUGACCGGCCUGCAGCUGGAGCAGGCGAAGCUGGAGGCCGAAAGCGCUGCCCUGAAGGAGCAGAACCAACAGCUGGACACGGCCCUGGGGCGCCUGAGCACGCAGUGCGAGCUCCUGGUCCAGUUGAAGGGCAAGCAGGAAGAAGAGAACCGGCACCUGCUGCAGGAGAUCCAGAUGUUGAGCAAGGAGAACCGGCAGCUGCUGGAGCGCAGCAUGGAAAAUCGAGAACAUUUUCAGGAAGAGCAGCGUCAAUAUCAGGACAAAUUAGGUGAAUUGCGUCGAGAGAAGCAGAAGCUGGUGGAGAAGAUUAUGGAUCAAUACAGGGUGUUGGAGCCAGCUCUUCCUCGUGGCAAGAAGAGUAACUGGAUUGCUGGCAAGAUACGGAGACUGAUGCGGCUUCGCCGAGAGCAGCCGCGCCCCAUGGCUGAGGGAGCUGGCAGCAGCAGCGAGAGCCUGACAGGGCAAGAGGAGCAUGGGUUGGAUAGUAGAGCUUCCAGCUGUCCCAGCUCGCCGGCCCUUCUCCGCAAAGCAAGCAGCGUCCUCAGCAUCCCGGAUGGUCAGCAAGCCCAUUUUCGCCGCUGCCGGUUGAGUUCCCGUAUGCCGGCGGCCGAAUCCUCGGGCUUCAGGGAGGGAGAGGACCAGGACACGCCCCGGCAGCGGUUUCGCCAACGCCGAGUUGGUAUAUUGUGGGGUUCCCUCGAAGAACCUGUGGUUCCUGCAGGAGAGUCAGAACCCCCAAGCCAGAUGUCCACAGCCAGCAAGGAGCAAAGAGGACGGCCACCCGAGGAGGAGGAUCAACUCCAAGGUGUCUAUUGUGAUAUUUCUGGAGGAAAUCGACCUGGGAAAGAAUGCAAGCUCUAGCAAAGCCCCGGUGGUGGAGACUGGUGCCGUGUCUCUGACAGUUGUCUCAUUUCCUGAAGGAUGAGCCCUGCAUGAAAACAAGGCCUUCCAGUCAGGGGCGGUGCCCGUCAGCUGCCUGGAUCUGCCUUUCUGCUCUCACCCCCAACGAACCAAACCCCUGUGGAUUUUCACCCCCCUUCCGAAGCUUCUUGAAGCAAAGUGGGUUUCCCUUCUUGUGGCAGUGAGUUCCGAAGGUUGCAGCCGGUGCAAAGUUACCGCAGUGAGAUACGGCCGGUCUGCGAAAGCAAAUACGUGGGGCGCAAUCCUAUUUGCAUUGCAUUCAUUGGCUGACCUGUGAAUUAAAUGUAAUU